AUGCCACGCCAGGUCCUGCUGCCAUGGUUCGAGCACUCCACUCCUGGUGCUGCUCCUAAAGCGUUGGGAGUCCAGUUACAUCUGCACCAGCCUCAGUGGUUCCUGGUUGUGGAAGUCGGUGGGACAGCAGAGAUCCACUGCUCCUCCAGCAAGGACAUGGAAGGGGGAACAAAAUUGCAGUGGUAUCUGAGAAGGGUGGGUGAGGCUCCCAUAUUAAUUAAAAAGUGCAAGGAGCAAAAUGAGAGCAGAUUUGCUUGCAAGUAUCAGAAACCCAACGCAACACUCGAAAUCAAGAAUAUCCAAAGGAAGGACUCUGGCAUUUAUUACUGUGCAUUUGUAGCCAGCAGCAACUUGACGUUUGGGAAGGGAACCACAGUGACUGUUGGAGACAGCUUCACCGACAACAGCUCCGUGCUGCUCCUGGGCCCUGGUGCAGGGGAGAACGGAGCCACAGAUCCUGCACAUCUGGCCUGUGUGAUCCGGGGUGUCUCCAACCUGGUCCAGGUGUCCUGGCACGUUCCUGGAGAGGAGCCAGCCCAGGGGCUGCUGCACUCACUGGAAGCCAGUAAUGGGUCCUUAACACUCAUCCAUCACAUCAGCAUCCCCUGGGCCAGCUGGGCCAGUGGGGCAACCAUCACCUGCGAGGUCACAUUCAACUCAUCUGGCAGCAGCGUUACCAGACAUGCCGUCUAUUCUGCAUUGGGCAGUGCUGUGCUGCUGUUCACGGUGUCCCUGAGUCUCAUCUGGAUCCACUGCCCAUCCCGAUGGGGUAAGAAACAGCGCGUGGCCCCCAGACGCUCCCUGGGCAUCACCAGUGGGCUCACCUUUGCGGAACGACAAGGCUGA